AUGACAUAAUUGUUAGUGAGUAGUUUCUUUUUUAGACUGAGUAGUUAUUAAAUUAAAGGGUAAAAAUGGAAUAUAGGAGCCACAACUAUGAGUACCAUUUCAGGAACAAAUAUAUAUUGCUCCAAAACCAAAUGCAUUUCCCCUGUUUUGUUUGUAUUCUUUAUCAAUGCAGGAAUUGUAUUGUACUACAAACUUAAAUAUGAUUUUAAUUUUAAGCAGGGUAUCGAGAUAAUUGAAGAGACUUGUACUUCAGAAACAAGAAAUGAACCACCUAGACAAUUAGUUGCUGAUCUUAAACAAAAGGGUAUCAAGUUAAGUGUUGAAGAUAUAACUACAUCAUCACUGCCUACUGCCAAAACAAUAACAUCUUCACCGGAUGAUGAUUGGGACGGACAAAUAAGCAUACCUUCUAAAAUGGCCAUGAUAGAGCCUCUUGCCAAUCAAUAUGUUGUUAAUGACGAAGACUGGGAUGAAACUAUGAUCUCAUGAACAAGCUUUGCAGUGCAAAGAAAACCCAAGCCCACAUUGACAGUGAAACUUCAACCGCCAAUGCUCAGAUACAAAUUGAUGAUUUGAAGUCGGUGAUGAAAAUAUGUGAUGUUCAGAAGAUGAAGUUGAAAUCUGAAUGCACUGAGUGGGCCCAACAAAGUAAAGAAUUAAUCUCUGCACUAGCUUCAUCGAAGGUCGCCGUAAGAGAAGUUGAACGUGCGAGGAAUUUGGCAAAAGAAGACUUUGCAAAUUUAAAAUCAUCGUUUCCUACAUUUUAGGAAGAGUUGAAAAAAGAAGGAAGAAAUAAUAAGUUGUUUUCUUAUUGCAUGUUACAUGUUACUUAUAUAUAUUUUAGUUUGAAGUGUGUCGAAGGAUAUGUUUGUCAUAUUUCCUCGAAGGUUAUGGUUGUUUUGAGACUUCAAUUUUUCUAUGCUUUUCUUGUUGGUUGGUCUGUACUCUUUUUCCCUAGUCAGGUUUUAUCCCUCCGGGUUUUCCUGACAGGUUUUUAAUGAGGCAGAUGUUGAACUCCUUUGUUAAGAGCCAAGUGCUUUUGUAUCUUCCUUUCUAUUUAAUAACAUUUUUUUGAAGUGUCAAUUUAGUUGAGA